AGUAUUGCGUACAGUUUUGGUCUCCAAAUCUGAGGAAGGACAUUAUUGCCAUAGAGGGAGUGCAGAGACGGUUCACCAGACUGAUUCCUGGGAUGUCAGGACUGUCUUAUGAAGAAAGACUGGAUAGACUUGGUUUGUACUCUCUAGAAUUUAGGAGAUUGAGAGGGGAUCUUAUAGAAACUUACAAAAUUCUUAAGGGGUUGGACAGGCUAGAUGCAGGAGGAUUGUUCCCGAUGUUGGGGAAGUCCAGGACAAGGGGUCACAGCUUAAGGAUAAGGGCGAAAUCCUUUAGAACCGAGAUGAGAAGAACUUUUUUCACACAGAGAGUGGUGAAUCUCUGGAACUCUCUGCCACAGAGGGUAGUUGAGGCCAGUUCAUUGGCUAUAUUUAAGAGGGAGUUAGAUGUGGCCCUUGUGGCUGAGGGGAUCAGGGGGUAUGGAGAGAAGGCAGGUACGGGAUACUGAGUUGGAUGAUCAGCCAUGAUCAUGUUGAAUGGCGGUGCAGGCUCGAAGGGCCGAAUGGCCUACUCCUGCACCUAAUUUCUAUGUUUCUAUGUUUCAACUCCCCGAAUUCUCCUGCCACUCGCUGGCCUAAGAGCUGCCAAUUAACCAAGUGAUACCACUUUAGGGUGUGGGACGUCUUCUUGGGAAUGAAACAUAAACCAAAGGAAUAGUUAGAUCUCAAGCCAGAUGUUGAGCAGCCAGGUUGUUGUCUUUGCGUCAAUGUCUGCCAGGCCCUGAGCUCCAUUUGUGGGUGGUAGAGCGGGCACCCAGAGAUUACAUGGUUGGCUGUCUGUUGGUCUGCUCCGCAUUCACAGGCUGGGCUCUGGCGGAGCCCCCAUCUCCACAUGUUGGCAUUGAAACUCCCAACUCCAGUACGGUUGAGCUUCACUCAUGCUCCUCUGGGGAGGUAUGAUCCUGGACAGCUUUUAUCUGGUGAUGAGAUGUAGCAGUGUAAUGGAGAUGAGGUUGCCUUCCACUCCUGUGGCCACCUGGUGGCUAUCCGGUGUGCUUUUGUCUCAGUUGGCUGGAUGGAUGCUAGGAGUUGUUUUCCAUGUGGAGCAAAGGGGUGAGGGGACUUCAGUCGGGGUGACCUCUGCUCUCUGCUGAUAGCCUGAUGGAGGAGAUGAUCUGGGUCCAUGGCACGACGAGAUAGUGCCAGAAAUGCUGCUUGUCUUCGGAUCCCUGCAGGCGGAAUGCCUACAAGUAUAGGGAGCUGCUCGACUGGAGUAGGUUGAAGGCACCCAGUGAUGGUUCGCUAGGUUCUGUUCAGGCUCGUGUCUACCAGGCUAGUGCGUCUACUACUACUCCAUACGGGUGCGCAGUACUCAGCUGGGGCAUACACAAGAGCUAAGGCAGAGGUGUGAAGAGUUGAUGGACUGGCUCCCCAACUUGCUCCUGCCAGCCGUCAGAUGAGGCCGCUACGUGCCAUCAUGACCUUGUCGCGGAUACCAGCCAGGUGUUGAUGGAAUGUAAAUGACCUAUCCAGCUUUACGUCGAGGUAAGUGGGUGUUUGUUGGAAGUCCAAGCGCCUGUUGUUAACAAAGACAGCUAGCUCUCGCUUAGCUUGUGGGAGAAGAUCAGACAACCCCAUGGAAACUCAACACUGUCAUAGGGAUACCAUGCAAACUCCACAAAGUCAGUAAUCGAGAUUGACUCAAACCUAGGGUCACUGGGACGAGAGGGGCUGGGGUUGGUAGGAGAGUGUGCAGCUGCAGAACUACCUGGUGUGCUAUUAUGUCACCCCAAUGUUAUGUAUAAUACCUUCUCUCCAAUAUCAUGGUAUGUCACACAGUAUAACAAGUACAAUGUGUAGGAAGGAACUGCAGAUUCUGGUUUAAACCGAAGAGAGACACAAAUUGCUGGAGUAACCCAGCGGGACAGGGAACAUCUCUGGAGAGAAGGAAAGGCGAUUGGCAUCCUGAUAGCAUCAUUAAUAUAGUUUCUCUUGAACUAGAUCUGAAGGCUGAAGCAAGUUGUCUUCUGCAGCUGCCCAGCGACUCCGUGCAAAGAGACGGGACAGCCAGUGAAAAUUGUCCAGUGACUCCACCAGCAAGAGAAGGAUCUGAACACUGGGCAAAGAGGUGCAAACAGUAUAGGGAGAGUAAACACUGUAACUCAAUUGGAGGAAGCUCGGGCACCAGCAACCAGGAAUCAGUGACCUCAGAAGAAACGCGUUCCAUGGACCUGGCACAAGUGCGGGCUGAGAAUGAACAAAGAGGCAUUUACACAGAGACUUAUAAUUCUACUUCCUGGAUCUUCAGCGGAGAUAAACGCAACCCUGAGAACAAUCCCCGGUGCCUUGGCAAGAGAGCUCACCCUGCAGCAAUUCGGGAACGGACGGUGAAGAUUGCCAAAGGAACUGGUGCUUAUCCCUGGGGAUUUAGGAUUCAGUUUUCAAAACCCAUUCUAGUCACGGAAGUCGACACAAAUGGUGCCGCUGAGGAAGCAGGACUUCUGAUUGGCGAUGUCGUGUUGGCGGUUAAUGGCACCGAUGUGACCAGCAUCCCUCACUCUGAGGCAGCCAACCUGGCUCUUCAAGGUCCAGAUAUUCUGACUCUCGUGGUGGGGUCAGACAUCAGCCGAUGCCCAAACACCCCGCGGCCAGCGUGCCGUGGAUAUCUGCAUAAACGAACCCAAUCUGCGCUUCUGAAGGGUUGGAGGAAGAGGUGGUUUGUUUUAAAACACGAUGGAUUAUUCUACUAUUACAAGAACAAAAUGGAUGAAGGCAGAUGCCGCCCAUUAGAUGUGAUGAGGCUAGAUGAGGCUGAAGUUGCGAUCGACACCAGCCUUGGGAAACCAUUUGUCUUUAAAUGUUUUUUACAAUCAAGGAACAGGAUGUUGUACUUUUGCUCAACUUCCAAUCAGGAAAUGAAAAGGUGGCUAGAAGCUAUGGAGCGAGCGAUACAUCCUGUUCACCAGACCCAUGUCUGGGUAGAUGUGACCCACCACAAUGCCAACCUUCCACCGCUGGCUAUCAAGAGCCCAGAAUGUCUUGGCCUCCUUCGUCAGGUGGACAGGAACAAAACAGUGUGGGCUCAGCAUUACUGUGUGCUGAAGGAUGCCUGCCUCUAUUUCUAUGCUGGCAUCCGCUCUACUCUUGCACUUGGCGGGAUUUAUCUGCAGGGCUACACAGUCAGUGAGCAGAGCCUUGGAUCCAAGCGUACCAUAAUCGAAGCUAAACCACCUUCUGAAGAGUUUAAAACCUUCUAUCUGUGUGCAGAUAAUACAGCUGACAACAAGCGCUGGAUUAUGGCACUAAAUGCAUCUAUAAACAAGUGGCUGCCAUUACAUCAGGCCAUCCAUGACUUCAUAACGAACCCUCCUGAGGAGACCCGGAUGUGAAGAGGCACACCAAUCUUUCACCAUUAAAUGUACAUGAAGGCAACAGAGACUAGAUCGCAGAAAUCAUCUAAACCAAGAUAGAUUUUUGUUAGAGAAGAGUGUUAAGGGUAAUAGAAUUAAGGCAAGUAGAAAGAAUUAUGAUAUAGAUUAAACAUGAUUUAAUGGAAUGGCAAACAUAUUCGAGCAGCUGAAUGUCCUAGAUAAAAGUGAUUUCUUAUGCUUAUGAAUCCUCAUCAAUGUUAAGUGAAUACACAAUUAUUUUGCAUUAAAUUCUAGACAAAGCUCACUCAUUCUUUCAAGGAUUACAAUCUGAUCUGUGUUGUGGCAAUGUUAUAGUGAAUAUGCAUUCCUCCAGUGCCUCUGUAGUGGUUCAAUGGUACUUUAAUGUCACAUGUACCAAGGUACAGCAAAAUCCUUUAUUUUGCAUGCAAUUCAGUAAAAUCCUACCAUAAUUAAGCACAAUCGUAAAUAUGUACAAAGGUGCAAACAGUAAGCAAAACACUGAAUAAUUUAUCAUGCCAUACAACGACUAUUUACCCAUCUCCCCAUCAGUGGAAGAUUUUAUGUAAUCUAGAUGCAAAUCACAAAAUAAUGUGUAGAAGAUUGCAGCUUUUUCCACCUAUUCUAACAGAAUAUUGCCUUGGAUUCCACCUAUGGCGAAGGGAAGUAACUUCAUGUAAGUGAAAUAUUGGCAGAUCUGAAGGGAAUCUAUUAAUACCUGAAGAGAUUGGUCUACAUUUAAAGCUAAACGACCAUACCAAUGUGAAACUAACAUCCUGAAAUUGGCACUAGUCCAAAAAUGUUUUAUUUCUGUUAAAUUUGUGUUUAUUUCAGUGGCAAAGUGCGUUGAUGUUUUUCUUAAGAACUCCAUUCUGAAUAACCUAGAAUUGAUAGAAUCUCUAAUAUUCUGGAUUAAAGAAUCUGCUCAUGUUGUGAGAUUGGUGCUGUGGUGUAGCCUAGCAUCAGACAGUCCUAAUUCCAAAUAAACACUACCAUUCUCCAACUCCUGUCUUAACAAAGCAUGGCUGACACAUACAGCAGCAGCUGUAUUAUUUACAAAAGAGCAUGUUUUUGCUGCAACGAGGACAAAGUAAGAGUAUACACAAAAUGCUGGAGUAGCUCAGUGGGUCCAGCAGCAUUGCUGGGGAAAAUGGACAGUUUCUGGUUGAGACCCUUCUUCAGACUGCAGUCCCAACCCAAAACGUCCCCUAUCCAUUUUCACUAGAGAUGCUGCCUGACAUGCUGAGUUUCUCCAGCAUUUCGCAUCUAUCUUUGGUAUAAAUCUGCAGCUGCAGUUCCUUUUUAUUACACAUUAUAAGUGCAAGUUAUUCCUAGCUGCAACCAACGGCAAUAAAGCCAUGCAUUAUAAUUAGAUUAGUUCAUACUUCAUGCUAGCCCAUGGCUCUGAAGCGAACAACCAGCCAGCUGUAUUGUGUGUUUCCAAAUUGUGCGCCCACAUAUUGCCAUGUGCAAGUCAGGAAUGAGCUGGGGAUUAGGUGUGAUCCGAUCCCCUACACUGUGCAGAUCAGAUUGGAGUCUCGGAGGGAACCCCGACAUGAUGAGCUGAGGGGCCAGGAGUCAACUACAUGUGCCUCCUGCGUUUUACUUCAGCCGUAUGAAACAUGACCCAUUCCUUUCAAUUGGGUAUCAACCAGGAUUGAAAAGAUAUGCAGUAAAAACAUAUUUUACUUAAUGUUUUCAAUUAAUUUCUAUCACUUGGGUGUGUUUUAAGUAAAUUUAUUGUUAUUAUUGUUUUAAUUUUAAUAACGUUUUGAGUUUUUCAAUUAUUGAAAUCGAC